CAGUAGUGAGGAGCAUGCGCGGUAGCCCGGGUGAAAGUGAACUAUAUUAGAAAGACAGCGCCGACGCAAUGUCGCUGGACUUCGUCUUGCGUGUAAACAACAAAGAUUACCAGAACUGGGUCAAAGCAGGACUGUGUUUGUCGUUCGUGGCGGAAGAUUUGCGUCCGUUCGUCGAGGAGCAGAUGCGAGACUUUCACCGGGAUUUGCUGCGUGGGAACCCUGGUCUUCAGGAACGCUGUGAGAAGUCGUGUCCUCCCAAUCAUGUUCAGUUCUCUAAAGCGUGCCGGCCGUGUUUAGAGUGGAAGUCUGAGAUCCUGAAAAACCACAGACAACGUGAUCCCAAGCUCAAAUGGGGGAACUGUAACCCUCCCGCAUGGAGGACCGACUACUGGGAGCUGGCCAAGGCGUACAUGCCACAAGGCCAGCUGCGUAUGAGAGCCGCAAAUGAGUUUGACGCUUCUGCUUUACUCAACCUCGUCAACUACUGUGACCGGUUUCCCCCCGUCGACGUAAAUACCGGACCCGUGAAAGAGAUGAUCCGAUGCAGGAAUGACUUAAUGCAUUCUGCUAAACUGCUUGUGACGGAUGCGUGGAUGAAGAACUUCAAAGAUGUCAUGGCGCGUUUUUUUGAACUGUUCCGCCAUGUACCUUCCAUGGCACAAACUGAAGAAAAGAUCCAUGAGGCGCUGGCCUACAACAUAUCAUCACAUUUACUAGGCGCCAUUGUUUUCGAGUGUUCAUCCACGGACACAGUAGUUACUGACGGUCUGGAGAAAGGCAGUGGGAGUCUCUUCAGUCUGGAAAACAUCCGGCAGCGGGAGGCUGACUUGUUGCAAGAGAGGGUCUGGGAGAUGCGGCACAGAGCUGAAGAAGACGAGAUUGACACGGAGCAGCUGACGACGCUGGAACAUUUCCUGCAGACACAUAACACACCCAUGUCUAUGCCAGGAUUAUUCACCGCUUUUCAGUUGAAAACCUGAAUGAUGACCAUAUUAUCACCAGAGAUAAGUGAAUGUCUACAAAAUUGACUGUGAACAAUUUCUACUUUUUGGUGAUAGGAACAAAAGUUCCAGAAUGAGGGUAUUUUAAGAGAAAGGUGUGUCUGCUGGGAUGAGGGUGUUGCUGGUCACGGGUGUUGUUGAGUAUUUAAGGAAACGCAUGCACCUGUGUCAAACGUUGCAUACCAAAAUUUUUGUUUACCACUUUUUCAUACGCUUUACACUUGUCAUACACUGAUGUAUAGUCCAGCCAAAUAUACAAAUGUGACAUCCAAUAUAAUUAUUUACCUUAUUUGAUGUUUUAGCUACAUUAUUGUACCAAAUUGUUUAGACUAUGCAGCUUUGAAUAACUCGAGCAGGGGUCGGCUACCAAAAAUAUUGAAAGAGCCAUAUUAGAUCGAAAAUACAAAAAUAAAAACAAAUCUGUCUGGAGCCGCAAAAAAUGAAAAGCCGUAUAAUGAAGACAACACAUGAUGUAAGUGUCUAUAUUAGCUAUAUUAGCCUACUAUCAAAAUGACUUUAAAAGGCUUAUGUAAGUGUUUUAAUGAAUGCAACACAUGAUGUACGCGUCUAUAUUAGCCUACUAUCAAAAUGACUUUAAAAGGCUUAUGUAAGUGUUAUAAUGAAUGCAACACAUGAUGUAAGUGUCUAUAUUAGCCUACUAUCAAAAGGACUUGUCGCGGGCUGAAGCACAUUUUCAGAAAUGUUGAAAUGUAAUAUUUAUUUUACGCAUUUUUACAACAUUGGAAAACAUUAGUAAAACUUCUCCAACGAUGAGAUUACUCCUGGAAGUCUUCUUUUAAUAGAUCCAUUACAAUCCUUAGCAAGCUAAUGUUUGCUGUGGUCUGGAACAACAUGGCACCCAAACAACUCUCAAAAAUGCAGCCAUGAUGUGUCGUGGGACAUGCAAAGUUAAAUUAUAUACAAAGUAAAGGAUAUUAAUUGAGCUCAAAUAUAUCAACAAACGAGGCAUAAUGAUGCAAUAUGUACAUACAGCUCGCCUAAAUAGCAUGUUAGCAUUGAUUAGCUCGCAGUCAUGCAGUGACCAAAUAUGCCUGAUUAGCACUCCCAACAAGUCAAUAACAUCAACAAAACUCACCUUUUUUGCAUUCACGCACAGACAAAAAAGUUUGGUGGACAAAAUGCGACAAACAUGUAAACAAACCGUUGCGUCACAGUCCACACUGUGGUGAGUUCAUGAACCGACGACAAAACCAUGUUUACCAAAUACUGUCAUCAGUGACUUAUAGCAUACUUGCCAACCCUCCCAGAUUUUCCGGGAGACUCCCGAAAUUCAGCGCCUCUCCCCAAAACCUCCCAGGACAAAUGUUCUCCCUAAAAUCUCCCGAUAUUCAGGCGGAGCUGGAGGCCACGCCCCCUCCAGGUCCAUGCAGACCUGAAUGAGGACAGCCUGUUUUCACGUCCGCUUUCCCACAAUAUAAACAGCGUGUCUGCCCAAUGACGUUACAACUAGAAUGAUCAAGGGCGAGUUCUUGGUUUCUUAUGCGGGUUUUUUGUUAGGCAGUUUCAUUAACGUCCUCCCAGCGCGGUAACAACACACAACAACAGCAGUCAUGUUUUUGUCUACCGUAAAGCAGUUUGUCUGUCGUAAACAGCAAUGCUGUGACACUCUUAAACAGGACAAUACUGCCAUAUACUGUCCAUGCAUAUGGUUAGAAAAAUAGUGACAGAGAAUAGAACAAGGAUGGACAAUUCAACCCUUAACUCAACAAUGAGUAGAUGAGUGUUAUGUGUAAAUAAAUGAACACUAUAUUCAAGUAUUUUCUAUAUAUAUAUAUAUAUAUAUAUAUAUAUAUAUAUAUAUAUAUAUAUAUAUAUAUAUAUGAAAUACUUGACUUGGUGGAUUGUAGCUGUAAAUAUACUCCUCCCCGCCCCAACCACGCCCCCCACCUCCUGAAAUCGGAGGUCUCAAGGUUGGCAAGUAUGACUUAUACACACAAACAUACUAAACAGUGGGCUUUCUAACAAUUGGGAAGGCUUGUGUCAUGUUUGUCCUUCAACAAAAAGCAUACUAAAACAAAAGAAUUCUCUUUCCCCAUCUUUUUCCAUUCUCAAUCAUUUUUUUAAAAAAGCUCCAUGGAGCCACUAGGGCGGCACUAAAGAGCCGCUGGUUGCUGACCCCCCUCCCCCGAACUCGAGGGUUAGGGGGUUACGGCAGGGUGUCUAACCCUAGCCCUCUAACAUGCUAGCGUUAGCUUGCUAAUUGUUUUUUUUAGCUAAUACGACACCUCAGAGCCAUAUAUCUUGGUACUUGAUAGACGUUAACUGUUAGCAUGCUAGCUUUAACGUGUUAGCGUUGCCCGACGACUGGCGUAAACCCCGAGGGGCAACGGGGGGCGAGGGCCCGUCCAACGUGUACAUAUAAUUUUCAUUUUCAUUGAAUUUUAGCAGUUCAACUUAUUUACUCUUGUCCAAGCUCUUAAGAUGUAUGCUCACGGUUUUCUGGUGCUGUAUGGUGAUUAAGGGGCCGCAUACUCUUUCUGUCAGUCAAGUUCAUGACGUCAUUAAGGUUGAAUUUGGAUGGUUUUAUUGACAAGGUUGACGGGUUGAUGUAUUCUCAAAACGAUGAUGAUGAGGUUGAAAAUGAGGGUUCUGCUUUUGAUGGUUUUGACAAUAUAAAUGAAAGUGUACAACCCCACGGCAGCAUUUCAAAAGUUCCAUCUGACCCAGGGGUCUCAGACACGCGGCGUUAUUUUGUGGCCCCCACCUUAAUGUGAGAGUUUAAUGUUAGUGCGGCCCGCAAGUUUUAUAUGAAUAGCGCUUGACAGCGUUGUGUGCGGAGCUGAAAGAAUCUACCAAUCACGGUGUGGUAUAUGGCUCUCGAAGGCCGAACAUUGACGUCACCUGCAUGAUGCAAGCAGAGAAACUUUUUUCCGCUUUUCCACUAGACCCGCACAUGCUCUUCCUUUCUCUCGCUCCCUCCUGCUGUAAACAGUCCGGGCCGGGGAGACGAGCGGCCCGGUAGCUUCCGAAGCACUCCGCCGAAGGACCGAGCGACAAUACAAAACUGUGGUGCACUGGACCCCGGCGCUGAUACUCCGUCAGAGUCGCUGGGCGAAUCCGACGUGUAACACGUUAGUCGUGACGUUAGCCCGUUCGGGGCUAAUUGUGCUACCGUAACUUGCAAACUCCAUGGCGAGCAACCCCCGCUCCUCCCGUUGGCUCCAAACAGAGACAAUGUUUGUUAUUUGGGUCACAAAUGACUCUUUCAACGUUCUGGGUUGCCUACCCCUGCUUUAGUGGAAAUGCGGCAAAUGAGUCAAAGCGACAGAAACAUUGCCAUGGAGACGAGGGUUUUCUUACGUGCCUUGCUGCAGUCACACCCCAACAUAUGUCCGUCAGUAAUAACAGUUCCCCGUUAAUUUGUGUUGAAAGUAAAAAUAAAGACAUUUCAAAAUA